ACGAAGCCCAGGUGUGCGCUCCUGCGACUCUUCACUUCUGCGCGUAAAGAGAAGCGGCUCGUCUGUUCCGUUUCCAAACGCCAUUCUGCCAACAUGGAUAAGUUUCGGAUGAUGUUUCAGUUCCUACAAGCUAACCAGGAGUCUUUUAUGAACGGUAUUUGUGGAAUCAUGGCCCUGGCGAGCGCACAGCUCUAUUCCACCUUCGAGUUCACCUGUCCGUGUCUGCCGGAGUAUAAUUACGCGUACGGGGUGGGAAUUCUGAUCAUUCCUCCACUGUGGUUUUUUAUGCUCGGGUACGUGCUGAAUAAUAACAUCUCUGUGCUGACUGAGGAGUGGAAGAGACCCACAGGCCAGCGGCAGAAAGAACCGUCUGUGCUGCGCUACAUGCUCUGCUCCAUGACCCAGCGCGCGCUCAUCGCUCCCUCCGUGUGGAUCGCAGUCACACUGAUGGACGGAAAGAGCUUCUUGUGUGCCUACAGCGCUAAGCUCGAUCUGAGCCAAUUCCUGAACCGGAGCCGCGUGUUCAUGCCCGAUAAAGACAUGGAGAGACUGCUGGCCACUAUUCCCUGCAAAAAUAUCUUCAACGCAAGUGAUAUCAUCAACGGGGAGGCAGCAUCCAGGUACAUUCGGGUUAUGUCGCAGGCCUGCGGCUGGGCAUUUUUAAUGCUGAUGACUUUUGUGGCCUUUCUGAUAAGAGCAAUCAGACCUUGCUUCACUCAAGCCAUCUUUCUGAAAACCAAAUACUGGUCCCAUUACAUCGAUACAGAACGCAGGCUCUUCGAUGAGACAUGCAAAGAGCAUGCCAAAAGUUUCGCUAAGGUCUGCAUUCAACAAUAUUUUGAGAGCAUCAGUGGUGAAAUGAUGUUGCCCAAGAUGAUUGUGAAGGACAAGGAUGAAAAAGAUAAAGGCAACAAUGAUGAAAAGCCUCUGAGUGAAGAAGAGAAGCUCCUAGGGAUUCGUGAAAAGGACGACAUGAAUAGAGUUCUGUGGAACUGGCAUACCUGUAAACCUGCACUUAGCAUACAUAAGUAUGGAAAAGAUGAAAACACUCACGAGAAGUCAAAUUCCCCAGUUCACUUAAAUGGUUAUCACAGGCCGAGGUCCAUGAAUGAAUGCACUGCGUAUUAUUCCAAGGUCUGACUU